AUAUUACCUUUCCUUUCUUCAUCAACAACUGUUACCUAUCACACCGGUAUACCAGACCCAAUUAAUAUCGAGAAUGAAGGGUUUCGGCUCUCUAUUCACUCUCGCUUCACUCCUGCUGGUCGCGACGGCUAGUAAUGUCAUCGAUUUAACCUCCGAUAACUUCGACAAGGAGAUUCUGCAGAGUGGAAAGCCGGCGUUGGUUGAAUUUUUCGCCGUGAGUUUUUCUGGAUUUGAAUCUGAAUCUGCAAACCCUCGAGACCUGGUGCUGACGUCGUUCACUCAAUAGCCGUGGUGCGGACGUAAGUUAAUUGGGCCGUAUCGUGACAGGAUGAUGAUGAUGGCUAAUCUGAGAUGGAAUACCGGUAGACUGCAAGAAUCUUGCCCCUGUCUACGAGGAGCUUGCGGAUUCGUUUGCCAGUCAGAAGGACAAAGUGACAAUCGCUAAAGUCGAUGCCGAUAGUAUGUCACUAUUACCACAUGGACGCUUGCGCCCCGAGCUUCGAUUUCCCUCACUAAAGUAUCUGCAGAUCACAAGGCACUCGGAAAGCGGUUUGGCGUCACCGGUUUCCCAACAUUGAAGUGGUUUGACGGAAAGUCCACCGAUCCUAUUCCAUACGAAUCCGGUCGGGACUUGGAAGCACUCCAAGCGUUCGUUAUGGAGAAAGUCGGUGGGUUGAAGCUUAAGGCCAAACGUGAAGUACCAAGCAACGUUAUUGUGCUUAAUGAUGCCAACUUCGACAAGAUUGUUCACGACGAGAAGAAGGAUGUCUUGGUUGAGUUCUAUGCGGUUUGUCAACCUGAGUUGUGUUUAAUGUAGUCAUUGCUAACCCGAGCUUAUAGCCAUGGUGCGGUCACUGCAAGAACCUUGCCCCGAUCUAUGAGAAGCUCGCCAAGAACUUCGCCUCUGAGACUAACGUUGUGGUUGCCAAACUUGACGCCGACUCUCCUGGUGGGAAGGCCUCUGCUGAGAAGUACGGAAUUACUGGUUUCCCCACCCUAAAGUGGUUCCCUAAGGGAACUUCCGCCAAGGAGCCCCUUUCCUAUGAGUCUGCCAGGUCCGAGGAGGCAUUGACCCAGUUCAUUAAUGAGCAUGCCGGUACCCACCGUGUUGUUGGCGGAGGCGUCGAUGGUGCGGCUGGAAGAAUUGCUUCUUUGGACACCAUUGUCCAGAAGCUUAUUUCGGGAGAGAGGGAUGCCGAGAAGGAGCUGGCAAAGGCCGCCGAGGAGGUCAAGGAGAAAUAUGCUGCAUACUACCUUAAAGCAGCCGAUAAGCUCUCCAAGAAUGCGGAUUAUGCCAAGAAGGAGAUCAAGAGGUUGGAGGGAAUUGCCGCUAAGGGCGGUUUGGCCCCGGAGAAGUAAGUGCACUUCUACCAACUCACGCUAGUGCAUACAGCUUACAGCGACCCAGGUUGGACGACAUCCUAAGCCGCAAGAACAUCCUCACGCAGUUUCUCUCCAAGGAGAAGGAAGGGGAGAGAGAGGUUAAGGAUGAGUUGUGAAACGUUGAUUUCUUUGAUUUCUGCUUAUUUAAGAUUGACUUUACGCUUCGUUUUUCCCAGUCCUGGGAUGUUUACUCGGAUUAUCUUCAUGGUCCAACGGGGUUUUUGUAGAACUAGGUUACGUAGAAAAGUGUAUGAACCAUGACAAAUGCUUUAAUACAAAUUAAUCUCGCGGGGUGGGAUUUUGCUUUCCGGAGAACUAGUGUUCUAUGAUAUGACUUAUCAUAACUUGUUUGUGAAAAGACAAUCAUGUGACGAGAGAUAAAGGUAUUUCCGGGGAAAAGCGAGUUAGAUGAAGUAUGUCAUGAUACUUUUAUUACAGUACUUUUUCGUCUC